GGAAGAAAAAGAAGUUACGUAUAUCUUAUCUGAUAUGGGGCUAGAUCAUAUCAGAUAGUGACAUGUGCUGAUAACAACUCAAUUGAAUUUCUUUUUUUACACCGCGACCAUGUCAACGGCGAAAAUCGAGAUGGCCCUCUCGCCUCACGAUUGGUUCACAACAAGACGUUUAUCCGAUAUUUGAACUUCAAAGACACAGCCCUUAUACGCCUGCCAUACGUUAUCUUUGAGAAAGGAAUCUAGAUCUUCCUUCUUUUCAACUCCUAAACCUGCCGCGGCGCUUCAUACCUUAAAUAUACCAAUGGGGUCUAAACACACUUGCUCUUCGCGCCCCACCUUCCCUAGCCAAUAACAUAAUGACGAAGAACUUGUUCUCUGUGCCCAUUUUCUUCAUCGCUUUUCGUGAAACUUUGGAAGCUGCAAUCAUCGUCUCCGUCCUGUUGGGGCUCGCCGAACAAAUUGUAUACGAAGAUCCAGGACGUUUCGCUCAAGAGCGCACGGUUACCUCUACCACUGAUGAAUCCAAACAAGACAGUCCGGAACAAGAUCUUGCUGUUGCGGCAGACGAGGAAGUACAACGCCGCCGUCUCAUUCGCAAAUUGCGUAUCCAGAUUUUCGCAGGUGCAGGUAUAGGAUUGCUCAUCGCGUUGUCUGUUGGAGCUGCUUUCAUCGCCGUAUGGUUCACGCAAGCUGCAAACCUAUGGGCUAACACCGAAGAACUUUGGGAAGGCAUUUUCGAUGUUAUUGCGUCCCUCAUGAUUUUCGUAAUGGGUGUGAGCAUGCUCAAAAUGGAUCGAGCCAAAGCCAAAUGGCGUCUCAAGCUCCAAAAGGCUUUCGAUGGACGUACAAAGGGCGACAAAGACGGAAAAGCCGGUAAAUGGGUUCUUCUUAUCCUUCCUAUGAUCACUGUCAUGCGAGAAGGUCUCGAGGCCGUCAUAUUCAUUGGAGGGGUUUCUCUUGGUCAACCCGCCACCGCAAUCCCGAUCGCUGCAAUUGUCGGCCUCGUUUGUGGUCUAAUUGUCGGAUUCCUGAUCUACCAAUUUGGUAGCCGAACCACGUUAAGCAUCUUCCUAAUCGCAAUGACAAACUUGCUGCUCCUUAUCGGUGCUGGCCUAUUCUCUCGUGGUGUUUGGGCCUUCCAGGAAAAUGCUUUCAAUGAUCUUCUUGGCGCAGAUGUCGAUGAUUCUGGAGGCGAUGGCCCGGGAUCAUUCCGAGUUCAAGGGAACAUCUGGCAUCUGGACUGUUGCAACCCGGAAGAUAAUCUCGACAACUCUGGCUGGUCCAUCUUCAACGCUAUAUUCGGGUGGACCAACAGCGCCACUCUGGGCUCUGUACUGAGCUAUGUAUUCUACUGGCUUGCGGUCAUUGUCACUUUGAUUAUCAUGAAGUUUCAAGAGGGCCGAGCGACUCUUUUCGGAUACGAGUCUUCUGCUGGUCGCGCUCGCCGCAUCCGUCGCGAAGAGGCAGCUUCGCGUCCAAUCGAUGCUAGUUCGGGCAGCUCCACCGACGAGAAGUGAAGUCUUCGAAGAAAGCAAAAGUCGUCCUUCCAUUUUUAAAAAUAAAUUGUGCUUGGAAUCUUAGCGAAAAACAUAGCCUGAAUGUACAUUUGUAUGAACGAUUCUUGUGCUCUUCGUGUCCGCAGAAAAUCUUCCUCGAAUAGCACAAUACGCAUAACUCCUCAGCCAUCGCGUAGCAUGAUCGGAGUCAAACGACUGGUCAACCAGAGUGAGCAGUACAACUGAAUUACUGGCUAUUUUCGGUAC